AUGUCACUGGACGUCGGUGACGUAACUGAUUCGCGCGUCCCGGAAGAUAUUUUAUUCCCGGACGAGUUAUGCCGCUACCUUCGGGAAGAACUGAAAACCUGUACCCGCGAAAACUGCUUCUUGAGGAAGGACAUUGCAGAAAAAGAGAAACAAAACGAAGACACCCAACGCAAGUUGCUAAAACUAGAAACGAAACUCAAGGAGUACCAGGACUCGUCCGACAUGGUCGCCGCUACUCCCAAUCACUUGGUCAGCGCCAAGAUCGUCGAGAUCAGCAAGAAGCUGCGCGAAAAGUGCGCAGAACUUGAAUCAUGCAAGUCCAAGUAUGCGAAACUUGAAAACUACGUCCUCGAAUUGGAAAAUCGAUCGACUCGUUGCGAACCAAUUGCAGAAUUCAGAUGCGAAGACGUCGAGACGAAGCGGCUGGAAGAAAAGCUCCGUGCUACUUCCAACAAGUUGGUGGAGGCGAGGGACGCCAAUGCGCAGCUUAAAAACGACCUGAAAACUGCCAACGAGUACCUGAAACGAGAGACGGGGGAAGAACUGACUUCGUUGCUCGGCAAUAGCAAGUGGAAAGGUAAAUCUGAGCUGAUUAACGAAUUGCAGAGCAAAAACAGGGAGCUGAAGGACAAAACUAAGAUGAUGCAGGAUACCCAGCAGAGUUACGCAAAGACAUACCAGAAAUUGACGAGCCUGGAACAGGAAAGCAGAGACGUAAAGGCGAUCAACGAAGAACUGAGGAGAAAAAUCGAAGCUAUCAAGUUAAAGUAUUCUACGUUGAACGAACACUACGAAAAAGAUCAGUGCUUCAUCGCUACCUUGUCGGCUCAGGUAGUUUCUUUCGAGGAGCUCAGAAGGGACGUAACAAGGGAAAAGGAAUGUUUACUGGGCAAGGUCCGUAAUGAGAAAGAGCAACUGUUUCUAGAGGUGCAAACAUGCAAGACUAUAAUAAACGAGCUACGCCAACAGCUCGAAUCGAAAAAUGAGCAAAUUACUGAACUGAGAAAAGUCAAAGGCGUCAAGGAGGACGAGGAAGAAAUGGUCGUAGCGGAGUGCUACGAUGCCGAACGAAUUAAGAUUUUAGACCUAUUCGAGACUCAAAAUAAACGACUAGAGGAUGCGCGAAGCGAACUUUCCAAAUGUCAAUUGGCGCUGCGAAAGGAAAAGCAGAAAUCUGCGAAAUUAGAAUCGGCGCUGGCUAGAACUGAGGCUGAAUCUAUAUCGUCUAACAGAUACCGUUCUACCACAUUCUUGGCAUCUGUGCGUGUCCCGGAUGAGUCAUUGAGCGAUAAGCUAGAGCUGGCUGAGGAAAAUAUUAAAGCUCUCACGACUAAACUCGAACUAGAGCGGCACGAGAGGCGGACGGAUUUAAAAGAGUUUUCCGCAAUCCUAAAGUGUUCCAGCAAUUCCAGCAAAUAA